AGUUACUCGCACAGCUGUGGAUAUAGGACGACGACAAGACUUUCUCCAUUCGCUUCAUUGUAAAGAUCCAGAUAGAUUUUUAAUCCCGCUCCAGCAAUCUUCUCCGACAUCACCACCAUGAAAGCCAUCAGCCCAGUGAGGUCCAUGUCAAGCUGCUACCAGGCUGUCUGCUGUUUGUCCGAGCAGAGUCUGAGCAUUGCCAGGGGCAGUAGCCUCAAGGGAGCAGGUAUCGAUGAGACCAUGGGACUCCUGUAUGAUAUGAACGGCUGCUACUCCAAGCUGAAAGAGUUGGUACCAGGGAUCCCCCAGGGGAGCAAGCUCAGCCAAGUUGAGAUCCUGCAACAUGUCAUCGACUACAUCUUUGACCUGCAGAUAGUCCUGGGGGAAGAUCAGCAACAAAACAGCAUCCUUAACCUGCAGAAAUCUGAUUUCUCAGAAUUGGCAACACAAGGGGAUGCCAGAGUCUGCCACUGACCUCUUUUAACCUCUCUGGUGUGGGAAACUUUGAGAGAGAGGGAGAGGACUAAACCUUCCCAUUUCCAUGAAGCAGAAGAAUUCAGAUUGCAAGACUAUUUAACCCUUUGGGACCCAGACAGACCUACAACAUCUCGCCAGUUCUGAUCAUCACUUUGCCGCUGAACUUUUCAUUCUUCAAAUUUAAGUUUUAAAACAACAAUUUAUGGACAUUAUUUCAUUUACUAAUUCAUUUACCUGGGAAUCACCUUUUUAUGAAAUCCCAUGAUGAGACUUCCUACUUUAAUUCCAGUGAUUGUUAUCAAAUAUCUACCUUCCUUUUAUUUUCAUGAUUUUUUUAAAAGGCUUGAUUAUUUCUAAGCCGGUGCCUUAUUGUAACAGGCAACUGUAACAUAACUUACUGUAACAGUGACAUUCCUUCUAGAGACCAAAAAUAACUCCUACCAAACCAAUUCCAUUUUAACCAUUUUCUAUAUUUCUUAAGUCCUAGCUGAGUUUCCAUGACUGAAAUUACUUUGCUUUAACCCAUUUUUUUACUCUUUGUUAACUAAGAGCUGUAUAUAUAUAUAUUUUUGUAUAAAAUAGCCUUUCAUGUAUCUAGCUAUGUUCGAACGUGAAAGCCUUAAUCUGUGGUACUGACCCCAGAGUAUCCCACUCUCUAAAGUAGAGAAGAUUGAGUUGGAACUGCAUAGUUUCUGAUUGAAGAAAAAAAACCUGAAAACUUUUUAUAAAAGUUGUUAUUUUUGUUUAUGUGUAAAUAAAAUUACAUUAUUU